UUGAAUAUCAUACUAUUAAAUAAUGAUUGAAUGUUCGCCAUGAAAGAUCAACCAAAUCAACAACCACAUCAGGCGAUACGUGUAUCGCCCCUUUUCAAUCUACUUGAUUAUAAUAUUAAAAUCAAUGAUGUAUGCUGGAAUCAGGUUAAAAUGACCAGUAGUAAAUGGAUAUCAUGUUUUCAUCGAAUCUAUCAAUCAAACAAUAAUAAUCAUAAUCAUAAUCGUCAUCAUCGUGGAUCAACACCAUCACCGUUCAAUACGUUUAGUGGACGUCGACAUCAUCCAAACCAUCAUCAUCAUCAUCAUCUACAAAAUAGUCAUCGAUGGCCUUCACCAUCAAUGCAAUCAGAUAAUAAUUCAUUUCAAUCAUUCAUUAUGAAUCAAUCACCAAUAAAUUCAUCAUCAUUCUAUUCAUCAUCAUCAACAUCAGCUAGUGGUGAUUGGAAUGUUGAUCCAUCACAAUCAUCUUCAUCGUCAUCAUCAAGAUCAUCAAUACGUUCGAUACCAUUUCCAACAACACCUAUCCGUCCAUUACCACCUCAUCAUCAACAACAUUCAACAUCAAAAAUUCGUGAUCUCCCUCAUCCAAUCGCACGCAAUCCUUAUCCUUAUCCAAAUCCACAAAAUCAAUUUUGUUCAAAAGAUGAUUCAAUGAUGAUGUCUAUGAUGAGAAGAGAUAGAUCACUAGCACAACAAUUAUCGAUACAAAGUGUUAUUACAUUGAUCAAUCCAUUUGAAUAUUUAUUAAUUAAUUGUGAAACAAAUCUUGAUACAAAUUGUGCACAAAUCAGUCCGGAACAGGAUAUUAUUGCCGUAUCGAAUGAAUAUUGGCUUGCUUUCUAUUCGAUACGUGAUAAUGAUUGUUUCGGUACUGUACAAUUUCCAAAUAAAUGUCUAUAUUGGACAUGGAUCAAUAGUGAUUCAGUUGCUAUUAUAACCGAAGAUGAUGUUUAUCAUUGGUCACUUAUGAAUCCCAAUGUUUCAUCAUUACAUGAUCAUGCACCAAAAAUGAUAUUUUCAUUGAAUGAAGAUUUUAAACAAUAUCAGAUUAUCGAUUAUUGUAUCGAUCCAUUAUAUGGAUAUUGGUCGGCAUUAACAUCACUCUAUCUUGAUGAUGAUGAAAUCUGUGGUAAAGUACAAAUUUAUUCAAAAUCCUAUGGACUUAGCCAAUGUAUUGAUGCACAUGUAGCCACAUUUGUUGGCUAUCGUUUCGAAGGAAGUGCCAAUGAUUCAAUUUUAUUGAUUGCCUGUAAACGUGAUACAAUUCAUUUAUGGAAAUUGUAUAUAAUAGAAUUGAGUGCAAUGGCCAAUCCAAAUUCUCAUUAUAAAAAUCGUCCAAUAAAAAGUCAACAUCUUAUGUUGCAUGGAUUUCAACGUACAAUGAAUUUUUCUCAUAACCAUAAUCAUGAACAGGAACAAGAAAAAUGUCCAAACGAAACGACAUCACCACAAUCAUCAUCAUCAACAACAUCGAAUCAAACAUCCAUACAUUUUGAUGACAUUCCUACACAUAUUGUUUGUGAUAACUAUAUUGGCCUUAUAUUUAUUGUAUCUAAAUAUGGUUCUAUCUAUAUUUGUGAUCUCGAAACUGGAAUACCAUUAUAUUAUGAUACAUUAACACAAUUCACUGAAAAUUUAGCCAUAUUUUCUAUUUCAUAUGAUUCGAAAAAUUCCUGCCUUUUAGCCAUCUGUCGUAAUGGCCGUGUAUUGGUCAUUAAAAUUUUAUUGAAAAAAUUAUUAGAACAUAAAAAAUUACAAUCAAAUAUUCGUAAUCGUAUUAGUCAACGAGUUCAUUGUCGAAAAUUAUUACGUAUGUCAUCAAUACCGAAUAAUGCUACAAAUGAUUAUCAUGAAAAUAAUGAUGAAAAAAAUCUUCGCACAGUUAGCAUAUCUGUUAAUAACAAUAAUAAUAAUAAUAGCCGAAAAAAAUCAAACGAUAAUGAACAUUCAAAACAAUCAUCAAAUAUAAUAAUCGAUGAUAGUGAUGAAGGUGUUGAUAGUAAUCGAUCCGAUCAAACAUCAAUCGAUAAUCGACCAGCUUCAUUUUAUAUUGACCAAGAUGAUCUUGUUGAAGAGAUAACUCGUUUGUGAUCUAAUUAUCAAAUAUAUGUGACAAAAUUAUUUUUCUUCUAAAUACAAAACUGAAAGACCUCUUUAAAUACUCAUCCCUAACAAAAUUGCCAAUCCAAACAAAUUAUAUGUUAUGAAUU